CUCAGAGCUCCACCACUUUACUGUGUGUCAGUACAUAAAGUGAAGGUUAACCUGCUUCAGCUGGAAAACACAGCCAGGAUCACCUGUGAGUGGGUCACUGUUUUUGUGUGCUGUUUUUCUGUGUGUCAGGAAUUGGCUGAAUCUAAGAUGACCUGUUCAUAUAUUGCUCAGACUGUUGGAAGCUACUGAAGGGCUGAAAAACUGAACUGGGCUCCGAAGUCGAACUUCUUCACCACAGUAUUUACAGUUAAUUACAUCCUGGUGGCAGAACUUUGUGGAGGGCCUUCCUUAAAGGGAGCCAUUAUCCAGAAGACCAUAUGGCUGAUAAUGUGACUUCAUUGCCAUUCUUCUAUGGCAAUAUUACCAGGGAGGAGGCAGAGGACUACUUGCGGCAGAUGGGCCUGAGCAAUGGCUUAUACCUCCUACGGCAAAGCCGAAACUAUCUCGGAGGCUUUGCGCUGUCUGUGUCACAUACAGGUCGUUGCUACCACUACACAAUUGAAAGACAACCCAAUGAUACAUAUGCUAUUGCUGGUGGUAAGAGCUACAGAAGCCCAGUGGAUGUGAUUGACUACCAUUCCCAGGAGACGGAUGGUCUUGUAUGCCUGCUGAAGCCUUGUAACAGGCCCAAGAACAUGCAGCCAAAGGUGGGGCUUGAAGACCUGAAAGAAAAACUGAUCCGGGAGUAUGUAAAGCAGACCUGGAACCUGCAGGGGGCGGCUCUGGAGCAGGCCAUCAUCAGCCAGCGACCUCAGCUGGAGAAACUCAUUGCUACCACUGCUCAUGAAAAAAUGCCCUGGUUUCAUGGAGCAAUAACACGAGAAGGCUCUGAGCCCAGGCUUCAAAGUGGCCCCCGUACUAAUGGAAAGUUCCUGAUUCGGCAGAGAGAUGCGAAUGGAUCCUACGCUCUGUGUUUACUGCAUGAAGGACAAGUCAUGCAUUAUCGUAUUGACAGAGACUCGACUGGCAAGCUCUCCAUCCCAGAGGGCAAGAAAUUUGACACCCUGUGGCAGCUGGUGGAGCACUACUCAUAUAAACCUGAUGGUCUGCUGCGAGUGCUAACAGAGGCCUGUCCAAGGCCUGAUGGAGACAUUGGGCUGAUAGGACGGCCUCUUCUUCCACAUGGUCAUCCUAAAUUUCGUUCUUCCAUUCAAACUGCGGCAGAUGGAUUCUCAAACAUGAUCAGUAAAGUUCCCAUACCUGUCAUAAGAAAGACACCUCAAUCUCGACCCGAGUAUUCAGAACGCAAUCCUUAUGAAACCAGGGUGCCUGGUAAAGAGGCUAUGCCAAUGGACACACAGGUAUAUGAGAGUCCUUAUGCAGAUCCAGAUGAACUGAGGAGUUCUACAGUGAAUCGCUCACAGCUCUUCUUGGAGGAUGGCGAACUGGGCUCUGGGAAUUUCGGCACUGUCAUGAAGGGCACCUACAAGAUGAGAAAGACAGAGAAGCCGGUUGCAGUCAAAAUCUUGAAGAAUGAUGAUAACAACCAGUCAGUACGUGAUGAAAUGCUGCGGGAAGCAAAUGUUAUGCAGCAGCUGGACAAUCCUUACAUUGUCCGGAUGAUUGGUAUCUGUGAAGCAGAGAACCUCAUGCUGGUCAUGGAGUUGGCUGAGCUGGGACCCCUCCACAAGUUCCUGCAGAAAAACAAGCAAGCAGCCAUAAAGAAUAUCACAGAGCUGGUCCACCAGGUGUCUAUGGGGAUGAAGUACCUGGAGGAGCAUAACUUUGUCCACAGGGACCUUGCUGCCAGGAACGUGCUGCUGGUCACACAGCACUAUGCCAAGAUCAGUGACUUUGGCCUCUCUAAAGCUGUUGCUGAGGAUCAAAACUACUACAAGGCCAAGGGUCAUGGGAAGUGGCCAGUGAAAUGGUACGCUCCUGAAUGCAUUAACUACUUCAAAUUCUCAUCCAAGAGUGAUGUGUGGAGCUUUGGGGUGCUCAUGUGGGAGGCCUACUCCUAUGGCCAAAAACCAUACAAGGGAAUGAAAGGAAACGAUGUCCUGCAGAUGAUUGAAAGUGGAAAACGUAUGGAAGCCCCAGAGAAGUGUCCACCAGAGAUGUAUGAGCUCAUGAAGACCUGCUGGACAUACAAGGCAAAUGAAAGGCCCGGAUUUUCUGUUGUUGAGCCAAGACUACGAGAGUAUUACUAUGACAUUGCACAGUGACCACUCACUUGGAUCUUAUGAGACUAUGCAAACUAGUGGCUGAUGAUAAAAAUUUGCUUUUAAUUAUACAUAUUGGCUCGAGAUGGUUAUGACUGAUAAAAUGUAGACUUUAACUGGGAAAAAUAUUAUUAUUAUUUCUUUUAAUAUAAACUAUGAUUAUGCAAAUGCAGUUUUUUAUUAAAUUUAUUUGUCCUUCUUGAAUGUAAACCAUAUGAAAGUUAUAAUAAACAGUUACAAGUCCAGCUUAUUCCAUUCAUGUUACAGCUAACAAACUACAUAACUUAAUCUAAUCUGCUUUAUCAUUAUCUGUUCUAUCACAGUAUCAUUGUAGUGAAACAUACAUAGAUACAAGUACUGCUUCCAGCACUGGGGUGUUUCUGUACGUGCAUAAAUGAUGAUGAAAUUAAUAAAUUAAGUUUUUGUGCCUCCAAAUUAUUUUAUAUAUGUAUAACAUAACGCAGUCAGAGUUAGUGACUGAGCAGAGUAACUUAAAAUCUUGCUGCCUUUUUAAGUGUUUGGUUGUUGAGGUGUCAGGAAACAUCAGCUCAUAAAACUGAGCAUAGAAACCAUGUAGAACAACCACAAUGGAUUGUUGAUCCAUUUGCCAUAUAGUGAAAAACUGAUAAAGAAAUUAUUAGAAUGAUCUUCAUGAAAAAUGCAAAAGAGUAUUAAAAACUACUGUUGUAUAAAAGAUUCUGGUAAUAUGCAACAUAACUCACACAUUUGCAAACCUGUAAAUAUUAGGUAACUACAAUCGUAUCAAAUAAAAGAAACUGACAUUAGCAAUAUUUUUAAAAGUAACCUCAUCUAUUUAUAUACCAACAUUUGAAGCUCCUACACAAUGAUCCACAUGAUUAUGGAGAUUAAUUCAUAAUAAUGUUUGAUUUUGACAGAUUUAUGUUUAAUUUCGACAGUUUUAUAUUAUUGUGCUUUGAGUGCUCACGUAAAGUAGAAAAGUUUAUAGAUACAGUCACUUAAAAUCGCUGCUCCCAGCCGGCUGUCAGCUGCCGGAAGUCUCCUGUUCCUGAGGCAGAUCUACUUUAGACCAUGAACACCCCUUUCCCUCAAUUGCAGAGUGUCACCAAAAGAGAUGGCGCUUUCUUCACAAAAACUUUGACUUCUGUGGUUCACAAAUGUUUUCAUUAUGAAGUUUUUUCACUGGCUGAAAUAUAGCUAUAGUAAAUAGAUAGAUCUAAAAUAGAUGGAUAAAACACUGGCAAAGAAAAUGUGUAAAGGUCAGUCUGACCUGUGAACUCUUCCAUGCAAGCAUUCAUUUCAUUAAUUCAUUUUAGUCAAAUCUAAUAAAUAAAUCGGUUAAAAAAAACUGCACUGCAAUGAGCAAUUCAUUCUCUUGUUUGGAGUUUUGUGAAUGCAGCUUCGGCUAUAUUUGUAUUUAUUAUAAAUUUGUUUUCAAAGCUACCUACCUAUUAAUGUAGCAUUAAUAUGGAACUCCCACCACCUCCUCCUGCUUCUGCUGCCUGCUGUCAAACCUAGUUUGCAUGCCAGUAUUGUCCCAACUGUCCUCACACGUUCUUCCAAACAAAGUCGUACUGCUUCCAAAGAGAGUCUCACAAACUGUUACCUGUACUUUGGCAAAUGCAUGUAACUGCCUGCAGGACUUCUACCUUGCUGAAUAGAUACUUUGUUUGCAGGGAAAAAUAUUCCCAUGUAAAAUAAAGACAAUAUG